AUGUCGCAUAGCAGUACGCAGAGCAGUGGAAGCGGACCAGACUUCCACCUACCGGACGAGAUACUGUUGGUGAUCCCUACUGACCCGUACGAUCAGUUGGAUCUAGCUAGGAAGAUAACGUCAAUGGCGAUUGCGUCGCGCGUCUCCAAAUUGGAGUCCGAGAUGGGGAGGCUGAGGCAACAACUACACGACAAAGACAGCGUAAUUGUGGAGCUCCAAGACAAGGUUUCGCGACUCGAACGAGCAUAUCACGAGGCAGAAUUGGGCUUAAAGAUCACUCGUGAGGAUAACAUGAAGCUCUCGAAGGAGCGACAUUCGUUGGCCAUUACGGCGAACAAACUAAGCCGUGAUUUGUCAAAGUUGGAGACUUUCAAGAGACAGUUGAUGCAGUCGUUAAAUGAUGAUAAUGUGCCUCAAGCUGAAACAGUGGAUAUAGGAAUAUAUGAUCAUUCAGUUCCCAAAGCCCAUCCUGUGAAGGAGGAGGCGGCAAAUGGCUACAUGACACAACAUUCAUUUAGCGGCUCCACAGAUAGUGCAAACAUCACUGAUAAUGUGUCAAAGCAAGCUGAUCAACGAUUUUCUAUGACUCCUUACAUAACACCCCGCCUCACUCCAACGGGAACUCCAAAAAUAAUUUCCACGAGUGUGUCCCCCAGAAGGUAUUUGGCUGCUGGAUCUCCUCAGAAAAGCUCUGCUACCACUUCUCCAAGAAAAAAUCAAUAUGAAGGAUUGGGUACACUGUCUUCAUGGUACCCGUCAAGCCAGCAGUCAUCAGCAGCAAACUCUCCUCCACAUGGACGCCCAAUGCCAGCUCGUACUCCUAGAAUUGAUGGAAAGGAGUUCUUCCGCCAAGCCAGGAGUCGUCUAUCGUACGAGCAGUUCAGUGCAUUUCUAGCUAACAUAAAGGAAUUAAAUGCUCAAAAACAAUCUCGCGAGGAAACUUUGCGUAAAGCAGAAGAUAUUUUUGGGAUGGAUAACAAAGAUCUGUACUUAUCAUUCCAGGGAUUGCUUAAUCGCAACAUAAAUUAAGGGUAGUGUUGCUGGGAAUGGUGUGCAAUAAUAGAUUUGUCUAUCCAUCUGCCAGCAGUUGUCCCUCAAAUUUUGAGCUUGUUCUGUUUUGUCUUUUCCUUGUUUCUUCAUCUUUUACAAAGUAUAUUGUGGCAAAUUACCACAGCCUUUUAAAAACAGUAUCAUUCUAAGUCAAACUCAAAUCUAGUCGCUUUGGGUGGAUUGCCC